AUGGCACCAUCCAAAUUGCAGCAUACUCCAAGCAAAGAUGGGCUGAAAAACGACAAGACACAAUGGGCGCGCGCACCAGGACUCGAGGUCGAUGCGAAUUUAGCGAAUUUGCAGGUUGAUGGAAUCCAUGAAGGGUUUCUGGAGGUACUGCGACAAACUGGAUGGCUUUUGCAACGCCGUGCGCAACUUGUGCGGCACGGCCGGGGCACGCGCGAGCUGGUACCCACUUUGCAUGCGCUUUCAUGCGCGUGCAAAAACUAUGUGAAUAGGACGACUGCGCUGCGCGACCACUUGCUAUGUGCGGAAGCGCGCUUGGAAUACGCGCUGGAGCGAAAGAAGGAGACGGGCAUCGUUCCUUCUAGCGAACUGGCCGAAGAAGCUCCACCAGGCUCCCUUGAAAAGUUGGACCCUGAAUUGUACAAUGUAAUCUCGUCCAUGCCGCUCGAUUGGAGCGCAGAAACGGAAAAUACUGCCGACGCACCGCAAGCGCCGGAUCCAAACGUGCCAAAGCCCAGCGGCGAUGCGUCCAAUGCGAUUGUCAUUGAUAGCGACGAUGAAUCUUCCGAACCACAAGGUGGUCGGCGCGCACGAGACAAGGCGCACAGCGGUCAGCCGACCAAGCGGCGCAAAAUGGAGGCGCCCAACGACGAUAUUGUCUCGAUGCUGGUCAACAGUUUUCACCAAGGCGAGGGUGCAUCUCCUGCUGCACCAGCAUUGUCGAAACCCACAGACAGUACAGGCACAAGCGCUGAUUUGGGCUCAAAAAUUGACCAGCUCAUUUCGGACAAUGUCUCCGACCUGUCGUGGCUCGGUAUGGACAACUUGCAGGGCGAAUCCAAAGACGCCGCAGAUCUCUCUGAUAUCCUUUACAAGGACACACAAUCUAUGGAUGGUGUGGAUCCAAUGGGUUCGACUCUCGACUUUAGCGGGCUCUCCGCGCUUGAUUUCCCCGCAGAUACCAAUUUUGCAGACUUUGACCUCUCCACGCCAGUCGAGACGGACCAAGGCGGGGCUGUCUAG